AAGUCAGAGUCGUCCGAGGCCGAACCCGAAGAGUCGCCCGAGGCCGAGCCCGAGGAGUCGCCCGAAACCGAGCCUGAAAAGUCGCCCGAGGCCGAGCCCGAAGAGUCGCCCGAGGCCGAGCCCGAAGAGUCGCCCGAGGCCGAGCCCGAAGAGUCGCCCGAAACCGAGCCUGAAAAGUCGCCCGAGGCCGAGCCCGAAGAGUCGCCCGAGGCCGAGCCCGAAGAGUCGCCCGAGGCCGAACCCGAAGAGUCGCCCGAGGCCGAGCCCGAAGAGUCGCCCGAGGCCGAACCCGAAGAGUCGACCGAGUCCGAAGCCGAGGAGUCGCCCGAGACCGAGUCUGAAGCCGAGGAGCCGCCCGAGACCGAGUCCGAACCCGAGAAGUCAGAGUCGUCCGAGGCCGAGCCCGAAGAGUCGCCCGAAACCGAGCCUGAAAAGUCGCCCGAGGCCGAGCCCGAAGAGUCGCCCGAGGCCGAGCCCGAAGAGUCGCCCGAGGCCGAACCCGAAGAGUCGCCCGAGGCCGAGCCCGAAGAGUCGCCCGAGGCCGAACCCGAAGAGUCGCCCGAGGCCGAGCCCGAAGAGUCGCCCGAGGCCGAGCCCGAAGAGUCGCCCGAGGCCGAACCCGAAGAGUCGCCCGAGGCCGAACCCGAAGAGUCGUCCGAGGCCGAACCCGAAGAGUCGCCCGAGGCCGAACCUGAAGAUUCGCCCGAGCUCGAGCCCGAAGAUUCGCCCGAGCCCGAAGAGUCGCCCGAGGCCGAGCCCGAAGAGUCGCCCGAGGCCGAGCCCGAAGAGUCGCCCGAGGCCGAGCCCGAAGAGUCGCCCGAGGCCGAGCCCGAAGAGUCGCCCGAGGCCGAGCCCGAAGAGUCGCCCGAGGCCGAGCCCGAAGAGUCGCCCGAGGCCGAGCCCGAAGAGUCGUCCGAGGCCGAGCCCGAAGAGUCGCCCGAGGCCGAGCCCGAAGAGUCGUCCGAGGCCGAGCCCGAAGAGUCGCCCGAGGCCGAGCCCGAAGAGUCGCCCGAGGCCGAGCCCGAAGAGUCGUCCGAGGCCGAGCCCGAAGAGUCGUCCGAGGCCGAGCCCGAAGAGUCGCCCGAGGCCGAGCCCGAUGAGUCGCCCGAGGCCGAACCCGAAGAGUCGCCCGAGGCCGAACCCGAAGAGUCGCCCGAGGCCGAACCCGAAGAGUCGCCCGAGGCCGAACCCGAAGAGUCAUUCGAGGCCGAACCCGAAGAGUCGCCCGAGGCCGAACCCGAAGAGUCGCCCGAGGCCGAACCCGAAGAGUCGCCCGAGGCCGAACCCGAAGAGUCGCCCGAGGCCGAACCCGAAGAAUAGGCCGAGGCAGAACCCGAAGCCGGGGAGUCGCCCGAGGCCAAACCCGAACCCGAGGAGUCGCCCGAGGCCGAGCCUAAACCCGAGGAGUCGCUCCAGACCGAACUCGAAUCCGAGGAGUUGCUCGAGGCCAUAAGAAUUUUUAUUUUAAAUUAUACUUUUAACUAUUG